AUGCCAGAGUCAAAAUUACCCUCCGAUAGUUAUAACGAAUCAGAUAGUCCUUCCAUCCAAGAGCUAGGAUCUCAUAUCGUGGGAGCUCGCACCCCAGUUGGAGAAAGUGACGCUACCAAAGCCAGUGCACAGGAGAGCCCUCAACUAGUCACAGAUAUUGGCCCAGCUGGACGCACAACAGACAUUGAUGGGAACACUAUCGCUACCGAUGAGCUCGAGGAUGAUGUGUCUGGAAUGAUCAAUCUUGCUGUCUCGCUCAUGGCAGAAUGCAAGGCAGGGUUAUCGCUUUCAGAGCUAAACAAUGUGGUCUUCCUGUUCCGUCAAGUUAAAGAUAGCCACCCAGCAACACACCUGCUCCACCGUGCUGCCAAGAGAGAUCUUGCCUCCGUGUUGGGUGUCAGAUUCAUGUAUACCAAUCACAGACAUGAUUUGAUGGAAUCUUUGACUCUUCACAAUGAGAUAGUCAAGGGUUGGAAUUUAGACCAAGAGGCAAGCCCUGAAACCAAUACUGCUAUCCAACUAGAGGACAAGACAGACACAGAAGUCACAUUGAACCUGGCAAAGGGAUUGUUGACAAACUUCCAGAAGUCAACUUCCCUUCACAUUCUGAAUGACAUUGUCUUCCUUGUUCAACAGGCACUUCCACAAUUAUCAGCUGCAUCUACUAGCUGGUUCAUUGCAUUAACAACUCUGGUUGAUGCACUAUAUGCCCGCUUUAACCAUUCCUAUAAUCUGACCGACCUGAAUGAAGCAAUUUCUAGUUUGCAAGAUGCUAGCAAAUGUUGCAUGAAGCCAGAUCAGCAAGAAUCAAACAUGAACUUCCGGAUCUGUGGGCUGUUAGCAACACGAUUCGAUUUAAUGGGGGAUAUUUCUGAUCUUCCAACAGCAUUGGAUUCAACUAUCAGAGGCACUAAAACUUCCACAGGUAUUCUGGAAUCACUUAAAUUCGCCAAUCAACUUUGUAAACAGUUCACAAUGUCAGGUAACAUGGCUUACCUAAAUACUGCAGUGACACUUCUCAGGAGAGGGAUUGCAAAACUACCUCAGGGAAGUGAGAAUCAUGCAGCUGUUGUCAAUAAUCUUGCAAAUGCACUGUUGACCCGAUUUGAGCAAGGAGGUCAGCAAAGUGAUCUUGAUGAAGCCCUUUCUCUGCACAGGCAACAAGGAGGCCAGCGAAGUGAUCUUGAUGAAGCCAUUUCUCUGCAUAGGCAAGCUCUCAAGCUCUUCCUUCCACCUCAUCCCAAACAAUCCAGCUCACUCAACAAUCUUGCAAAUGCACUGUCAACCCGAUUUGAGCAAGGAGGUCAGCAAAGUGAUCUCAAUGAAGCCAUUUCUCUGUACAGGCAAGCUCUUGAGCUCCGACUUCCACCCCAUCCCCUGCAAUCCAGAGGCACACUCCACAAUCUUGCUUCUGCACUGGUGAUUCGAUUUGAGCAAGGAGGUCAGCAAAGUGAUCUCAAUGAAGGCAUUUCUCUGCACAGGCAAGCUCUCCAGCUUUUUCUUCCACCCCAUCCCUUUCGAUCCAACUCACUCAACAAUCUUGCAAAUGCACUGUGGACCCAAUUUGAGCAAGGAGGUCAGCAAAGUGACCUGGAUGAAGCCAUUUCUCUGCACAGGCAAGCUCUUGAGCUCCGUCUUCAACCCCAUCCCAAUCGACCCACCUCACUAAACAAUCUUGCUUCUGCACUGUCAACCCGAUUUGAGCAAGGAGGUCAGCAAAGUGACCUUGAUGAAGCCAUUUUUCUGCAAAGGCAAGCUCUCGAACUCUUCCUUCCACCCCAUCCCCUUCGACCCAGCUCACUCCACAAUCUUGCUUCUGCACUGUCAACCCGAUUUUGGCGAAGAGGUCAGCAAAGUGAUAUUGAUGAAGCCAUUUCUCUGCACAGGCAAGCUCUUGAGCUCUUCCUUCCACCCCAUCCCCUUCGAUCCAGCUCACUCCACAAUCUUGCUUCUGCACUGUCAAUCCGAUUUCGGCAAGUAGGUCAGCAAAGUGAUCUCAAUGAAGCCAUUUCUCUGCAAAGGCAAGCUCUCAAACUCUUCCUUCCACCCCAUCCCCUUCAAUCCAGCUCACUCAACAAUCUUGCAAAUGCACUGUUGACCCAGUUUCAGCAAGGAGGUCAGCAAAGUGAUCUUGAUGAAGCCAUUUCUCUGCACAGGCAAGCUCUCAAGCUCCGGCUUCCACCCCAUCUUGACCGAUCCAGCUCCCUUCACAAUCUUGCUUCUGCACUAUCAACCCAAUUUCAGCAAGGAGGUCAGCAAAGUGAUCUUGAUAAAGCAAUGUCUCUAUUCCUCGCUGCUACCCAAUACCCAUUCCAAUCUCCAUCAAAUCGCCUCCGUGUUGCAAGGGGGUGGACACGUUGUGCAGAUAGAAAUCAACAUAGCUCUGCAAUUGAUGCUUAUGAAGCUUCCAUACAGGCUUUACCACGGGUGGCUGCUCUGAGCUUGGAUGUAGCAUCACGACAGGACGCCAUGACUGCAGGUAGUGAUGGCUUAGCUCGGGAUGCAGCUAGAUGUGCUAUUCGCUCUGGAUGUAUAGACAAAGCCAUAGAACUUCUAGAAGCAGGACGAAGUAUCUUCUGGUCACAGGUUCUAUCUCUCCGCUCACCCUUUGAUCAACUUCACAAGAUUGCACCGGAAUUGGCAGAUAAGCUACGAAGUAUUGCAACUAAGCUGGAGAUUGGGUCUCAUCGUGAUGUUUUUUCUGAGAUUUCAGACAACAGAAAGAAGUUGUCUAUAGAGCAGGAAGCAGCCCGACUCAAUCACCUUAACCAAGAAUGGGCUCAAUCUAUUCAUGAAGUUAGGAAAUUGAGUGGAUUUGAGGACUUUCUAUGCCCAUCCCGUCUAUCCUCACUCAAAGCAGCUGCAUCAGAACAUCCAGUUGUCAUUCUCAUCGCAAAUGAUGAUGAAAGCCAUUGCCUCAUCAUGACAUCAACAAUCAUUCAUCACAUCCCUCUUCCAAACUUAGGCACUCCAACAUUGAAGGAACUUGUUCAUAAGAUUCAGAUAGCUGGCUCUCAGUCACCAAUAUCACGGUUGCUCAUUGAUCAAACCCAAGACAUAAAUAUAGAGCUUCUGGAAGAAGAGCGAGCAGGGAGGGUUAGCAGCGAUACUCAACUUAGAUCUUCAGAUGACCUGUUCAAAUCCGUUUUGAGGAUGCUGUGGGAUGAAUUGGUGAAGCCAGUCAUUAAUGUUCUCAAUAUUAAGAAAUCGGACAAAAUGACUGUUCUGCAAUGGUGCCCAACUGGUCAUUUUACCUUCCUCCCCAUCCAUGCCGCAGGCUGCUAUGAUGACAAGCUAGCUAUUGAUUGUGCUCCAGAUUACUUCAUUUCCUCAUAUACUCCAACCAUAGGGGCACUUCUGGCUUUGGAUUCAGCUCCUGAUUCAGCUCCCACCACCCAAUCAUUCCAAAUGAUGGCUGUGAUCCAAUCUAAAGGGCUUCGUUAUACAAGAAUGGAGCUAGAAAACAUUCAACGACAUGUACCCUCCGAAGCUCUCAUCAAAUUAGGAGUUCCCGAAGUACCUGCUGGAGUUGAAGCCGUUGCCUCCCAUCUUUCGAGUGUGUCUAUCGUUCACUUUGCAUGCCAUGGGAAUCAAAAUCCACAAAAUCCACUUGACAGUGGGCUCACACUCGAUGAUGGGCUACUCCGAAUCUCGAGAAUCAUGAAGGAAAAGAUGCCAAAUGGAUCACUUGCCUUUCUCUGUGCCUGCGAGACGGCUGUAGGUGAUCAAAAUCUACCAGAUGAGGCAAUGAGCAUAGGUGCAAGCUUGAUCUUUUCCGGAUUUCGGCGGGUCAUUGCUACUAUGUGGAAAAUGAGUGACGAAGACGGACCUACCAUUGUGGAUACAUUCUAUGAAGAACUUUUCUCUGGCAGUCCUGAUGGAAGACCAGCUCUUAAACCUGAUAUGACAAAGUCUGCCCUAGCCCUUCACCUUGCAGUCAAGAAACUCCGUUCACAGGGUGUUCCAUUCCGACGUUGGGUUCCCUUUAUCCAUAUGGGCAAAUGA